AUGCCCAACCCAGUAAGCUUAAAUCUUUCGUCCCAGAAACUUGGCUGCUGGGAUGGUCCGUCUACAGGUCGCUUGUUCGAUAUCGCUUCUAUCUUGCAUGACGAGUUGGUUGCAGUGCAACAUGUCGCAGUACUCAUCCCACGGGUCGGGCUCUCAUGUUCUCAGAUCAAGCGUCCCUUUGCCACCCACAUGUUCACAUGUCCACAGCAGUUGUGUUUUGCCACCAACCCCACUGGAGCUCGAGCCCCAACAGUGCCAAUGAAGCUCCAACACUGUCUCAGCCUGUUUGCACGCCGAGCCCAAACGUCCACCACUAUCCCCUUCCAGCCGCUGGUCACCACUGCACUACUGGUCACCUGCACAACAAGGCUCCGAGACCCGAGACCUCUCAAGUUUUAG